AUGGGUCCCCCCGGAUAUUCAACCGAAAGAAAGGAAGCAGAGGGCGACACCCUCGUCAUUGCCCUUGACUUUGGCACUACAUUCAGUGGGAUUGCUUACGCCUUCUCAACCGAUCCAGAGGAGAUUUAUCCCAUUACAAACUGGCCCGGCGGUGAAGACCGAAUCGCACCCAAGACCCCAACCGCCAUUCGAUAUGGCAGAAGUCUAGAUGUGAAAUGGGGAUACCAAUUAGACCUCACCCUGUCUGAUAACAUUAUGGGCCUCAAGCUCCUUCUGGACCCGGAGCAGAAACGGCCAUAUUACAUUCCAACUGAUAUUAAAGCAGAGAUGGCGAAACUACCCAAAUCUGUUCUAGAUGUCGCCGCCGACUAUAUGAAGGCUAUAUUUAGCCAUGCUCUCCAGGAGAUAGUAUCGGAUGCCAUUGAUCCAAGCUUCGUCGCCUGCUACCAUAAGAAGUUUAUGCUCACUGUCCCGGCCGUCUGGUCAGACAAAGCGAAGGACCUGACACUUCGGGCUGGUGACGCAAUCGUGAUUUGUGACGCAGGAGGCGGGACAGUCGAUCUCGUGUCCUACGAAAUCCUUAGUUUGGACCCCUUCGAACUGAAGGCAUUGACAGCUCCGUCUGGGGGCAUUUGUGGGUCGAUGAUGGUUAAUAAACUCUUCGAGGAAGAGAUAAAGAAGGUAGUUGGAGACAGCGCAUACGCCGAAUUGAAGAAGACCCCCGCGUAUCGGUGCGCUCUGCGAGACUUCGACGGCGCCAUCAAGCCGGCUUUCCGGGGGAGAAACGACCCGGACAGAUUUGUGAGCUUUCCCAUGGCGGGGUUAGAAGACAACCCUGCUCGUGGGCUCCUGAGUAACUCGAUGACUUUGUCUGGAGAUACCAUGUUUCGCAUCUUCGAUCCCAUCGCUCGGGAGAUCGAGAAACUCGUUUCCGAACAAGUGAGCAGCGUUCGUAUGGAACGACUGCAGCUGAAAUCCAAGACAAAGUCGGCAGUUAAGGCUAUAUUUCUUGUUGGUGGAUUCGGAUCCAGUGCCUAUUUGAAGCAAGUUAUCGAGAAAUCAAAUCCUGGUAUUCUCGUUAUCCAGCCUCGGGAAGCUUGGUCUGCAAUUGUGAGGGGAGCGGUCAUGAGCAAGCUGGGCAUUGCCCCAGUCGUCAAAACCACCAAAGCGCCCAAGCACUACGGCUCCAGCGCCAAUUCCACAUGGAACUCUUCCAGGGACCGUGGCCAUCUCAAGAUAUGGGAUAAAUGGGCGGAGGUGGAAAAAUGUAAAACCAUGAGCUGGUUUAUCUACAGGGGUGAGGAUUUGGUCCGAGGCAAGAAGAUCAAGCUUCCCUUCUACCGAUCUCUGGGAGGGUCCUAUCCCCGUGGCCGAGAGCUUCAGUUCGUUGACCACCUCUACGAAUGCAAUGCUCUCCUGGCCCCAGCACAUCCCAAUGGAGACCUCAGCGCAGCACCGCGUACUUGCUUCACCACCAAACAGCGGCCGUCCGAUGGGGAGUUUUAUACCGAGAUCCAUUACCACCUCGUAAUUGAGAAUGAUUCGUCCGGGCUGAUGAAAUUUUCUCUCGAGGUUGAUGGGAAGGAGUGUGGAACAGUGAACGCAAAGUAUUAA